GCGAGCGAACGAACGACUUUCGAUUCGAUUCGACUUUCCAAGCCAACAAAACACAGAAAAACCGAUGAAAAUGGAUGUUAUUGCUCGGGAACAAAUCAUCUACGGUAGCCUGCAGGGAUCAAACAAAAAUAAAGAUUGGACCAGCAGACUGCCACCGCCGUCGGCAUACACUCUGGACCUGAUGUCCAAGAAGGCCAAGACGACAACCGGGGGCAGCAGCAAUGGCAGCAAUGCUACCGCCACAUCCACAACCACAUCCACAUCCAGCAGUAUUAAGCACAAGCAGCCGGCGGGCAGCAGCAACAACAAUGUUGGCCAAAGUCAGAGCAAGAAGACAAAGCCCAGCGGCAGCUACAAUAGCAAUAGCAACUACUACUACUACGCUGCUGACGAGGAGGAGGGCGGUAGCAAUGACUACGCACUGAGCAACUACGAUAAGAAGGCCGUCGAGGAGCUGUCCCUGCGACUGCUCGACGAACUGAGGGCGGCCAAGUCGCGUCAUUUGACCUGCACGGAAGUGUCGCUACCCUGUGAUCUCACGCCGAGCGUGGCCCGGGAAAUAAUCCGCGUGUCGGAGAAGGAGCCCCGCGGCAUACGCGGCUGCACCAUCUACAUUGAGUUCGAGGAUGAGCCGAAGAAUUCGCGUCGCAUUGCCUCGAUCAAGGUCGAUCCGGAUACGGUGUCCACAUUCGAAGUGUAUCUGACCCUCAGGCAGGAUCAUCGCGGCUGGACGUCGCUGUUGCCGCAGUUCAUGAAGAGUUUGGCCCGCACGAUCACCAUCAGUCCGGAGUACACGAUCACCAAGAAUAAGCUGUACUCCGCCGAUGGUUUGGGCGCACGCAGGAGCUAUAGCUUCGGCAGCCACGCCCACAGCCCGAGUGCGGCCAUCGCCACGCCCACCAACUAAUGGUGAUCAGCUUGAUCUGUCAGAUAUGCAUAUGUUCGCAUAUGUGUCUGCGCGAAACAAAAAAAAAAAAAAAAAACACCACCCCUGUGAUGAUCGAGAGCAGUAGUUUGUUGCAGUUGAAGUGCAACAACGAAGCAAGUAUUCGAAGCCACCCCACCUACACCACACACACACACACACACCUUUAAUACACACACACACACAUACAUACACACAUACACAUUAGGGUACGCCAACCACACUCUCAUACUAAUACUAUAUAUGGGACCGUAAGGCCCGAUUUUUGUAAUUGUGACUCUCACCACCAUUUUACUUAGAUGCGUAGUGCUAUAACAAAUAACUAGAGUUUUAAGUUGUUUCUCCUUUUUCAAAAACGCAAAAGCAAGAAAAACAAAACCAGGCGGCAAGAGCGGAAGAAAAGUAAAGAAAAAAAACCAACAUGAAAUUCAAAGACGGCAGCCCCACGAAUCAAUCCCCAGAAUCAUAUUUCUGGGGCAUUCGCUUUGGGGCUCGCCGGUCGACAACUCAUGAAUAUGUGAUACUGUUUAAGAUGCUAAGAGUCUUUUGCCGGAUGCACCAAAGUCCGGCAAAAGACGUUGAUAAAAUUACACAUAACACACCACAAGAAAAUACAAACAAACACACACACAAACACCCCACACACAACAAAAACCACAAUACAAAAGAACAGAUUUUUUUUAAAAAUUGUAUGCUAUAUAGUAAUAAACAAAGAAACCAACAAAACAAACAAACUUGAUCUUGGUAAAUUUAAAAUUUAACUUUAAAACUGAGAGAGAUGAGGGCCUCGAACUGUGAAAGAGGCAGAUGAACACACGCUCCAAUUUUAGUUAGACGCAGCUUGCUGCAAUAAAAAUUUUUUAAAUUAUUAAUUAAUAUUAAUUAAAACCAACAAAUUUUAGGAUUUUAACAAAUUUUUAUAUAUUAUUAAAUGUAUAGCGCGUACUACACAAAAUACAAAAUAAAUAAAAACACAAAGAAAAUCCACAACAAAAAAAUAAAAACCGAGAAUAAAUUAAACUUAAAAAAAUCAAGCAUAAAAUUUAAGGCAAUGAAUAUCUCAGUAAAUGUGAAAGCGUAAAAAAUUUGUAAAAUUUUUUUGUCUGUGUAAAACUCCCAAUGCGAUAUGAAAACAAAAAACUUAAAUGUAGCUGCAAAAACAAAAUCAAGAAAUCGUCAAAUAAAAUGUGAAAAUUUAAUUAAAUGCAAUGCGAUAUAAUUUGUAAAAAUUACAAUUAACGUAAUGAGGAAAACUUAAUGUUCUCACAAAUACAUUAACACACCACUCACACAUCCACACCAACAUACAAACACACACGAAAGUAUCUAUUACCAGCAAAAAGUAUCUAUCAAAGCGAAAAACCUAUUUAUUACAAAAAGAGAGAGAGAGAAAGAAAGAAAUAAACAAGCAAAAUACGAAAAAAAUACAUGUAUUAAUUUUUUAUUAUUAAAACAAAGCAAAAACAAAAAUAUAUUGUAUUUAAUGUUAAGUUUUUUUAUUGCGUAAAACAACAAAAUAAUUGUGAGAAAUUUGUAACCAAAACAAAACAAAAAAAAAACAACAAAAGCAAAAACAUUUUGUGAAAAAAAUCCAUACCACACAUACAGAGCGAAAAACAAAGGCAAAAAAAAAUUACAAAAAUAAAAGCAUAUAAUUUUUCCUGCGCUAGCGGAAAAUAAUUGUGGAAAAAAUUAAAA